GCUACUCUUUCCUGGUCUAAUCCCAUUGGCUGUCUGGCGCCAGGAGUCUGCGCGUUGCGGUGUGUCAGUGUUUUGGUGCGAGAGUGGAGAAAACUGCAGGCAAUAUGUCCGCAUCCAGGAGCCAACUUAACAAAAAUAAAGACCCGUCUGGGCUGCUGAUAUCUGUCAUCAGGACCCUUUCAGCCAGUGAUGAUGUGGAGGACAGAGAGACAGAGAAAGGCCGUCUGGAGGAGGCCUAUGAAAAGUGUGAUAGAGAUCUUGAUGAGAAGAUUGAGCAGCAUUUCACUGAGCUUACCACUGCCAUCCGUACUUACCAGAGCAUUACUGAGAGGAUCACCAAUUCACGCAAUAAGAUCAAGCAGGUGAAAGAAAACCUCCUUUCCUGUAAAAUGCUGCUGCACUGCAAACGCGAUGAGCUCAGAAAGCUAUGGAUUGAGGGUAUUGAACACAAGCACGUCCUUAACCUCUUGGAUGAAAUUGAGAACAUCAAGCAGGUUCCACAGAAACUAGAACAGUGCAUGGCCAGUAAACACUAUCUCAGUGCCACCGACAUGCUGGUUUCUGCUGUGGAGUCUUUGGAUGGGCCUCUGCGCCACGUGGAGGGACUCGGUGACUUACGGCUAGAGCUUCAUAGCAAGAAGAUGAACAUGCAUUCUGUGCUUAUUGAUGAGCUGCACCGUCACCUUUAUAUUAAAUCCACCAGUCGUGUGGGACAGUGGAUCAAGGACAAGAUCAGGAGCAGCUCACUAAAGGAUUCUCCGGGCCAUCUUCAUGAUGUUACUAAUUUGUCCACUCCCAGAAAGUUCCUUGACAAUUCUCAGUUUGGGACUCCUAGUAUCAUCAGUGUUAAGGAGCUAAGCCUUCAGGAUAUUAAAGAAGACCCCGAUUCAGACCCUGAGGAGAACAGUGCAGUGUUCAUGGGAAUUCUAAUCAAAGGUCUGGCUAAACUGAAAAAGAUCCCAGAGACUGUUAAAGCAGUGAAGGAACGUCUCGAACAGGAGCUGAAGCACAUUGUAAAGAGGUCCACUACGCAGGUGGCAGAUAAUGGUUAUCAAAGAGGAGAGAACACAACACAGGAAAACCAACCAAGGCUGCUCUUGGAGCUGAUGGAACUCCUGUUUGAUAAGUUUAAUGCUGUGGCCGCUGCCCACUCGGUAGUUCUUGGACAUCUUCAGCAGACUCUGGCCUCCCCUACUAGCCAGCAGGAUGGGGACAUCAAGCUAUAUGACAUGGCUGACGUGUGGGUGAAGAUACAGACUGUGCUCCAGAUACUGUUGACUGAAUACCUGGAUAUGAAGAACACAAAGACAUCUUCUGAGCCGUCGGCCCAGCUCAGUUAUGGCAGCACUGGGCGAGAAUUUGCGGCAUUCUUUGCAAAGAAGAAACCACAGAGGCCUAAAAACUCCCUAUUCAAGUUUGAAUCUUCAUCACAUGCCAUUAGCAUGAGCGCUUACUUAAGGGAGCAGAGAAGGGAAAUGUACAGCAAGAGUGGGGAGCUUCAAGGUGCUCCCAACGAUAAUUUAAUUGGUGGCGGAGCAAGAUUUGUCUGCAAACCGGGAGCCAGAAAUAUUACCAUCAUAUUCCACCCGCUGCUCAGGUUUAUCCAAGAGAUUGAACAUGCAAUGGGUUUGGGACCGGCCAAGCAGUGUCCUUUGCGUGAGUUUCUCACCAUAUACAUCAAGAAUAUAUUUUUACACCAGGUCUUGACAGAGAUCAACAAAGAAAUUGAAGGAGUCACCAAGGUGUCUGAUCCUUUAAAGAUAUUGGCUAGUGCUGAUACCAUGAAAAACCUUGGAGUUCAACGUCCUCUAUUACAGAGCACUGUCAUUGUGGAGAAAACCAUGCAGGACCUUCUGAAUCUGAUGCGCGACCUCAGCGCAUAUUCAGAUCAGUUUUUGAAUAUGGUUUGUGUUAAACUUCAGGAGUACAAGGAUACCUGCAAUGCAGCAUUCAGGAGUAUUGUUCAAUGUGAUGAAAAGCUUGUGAUUAGCGGUUCAUGGGCCAAAGAUGAUGACAUCACCAGGCUUUUAAAGUCUCUUCCAAAUUGGCUAAACAUGGCGCAGCCCAAGCAGCUACGCCCCAAGAGGGAAGAUGAGGAAGACUUUAUACGGGCUGCAUUUGCUAAAGAGUCAGAAGUUCUGAUUGGGAAUCUUGGAGAUAAACUCAUUCAACACAAUGAGAUCAUGGGAGAUGUCAGUGACCUGAAGGCACUUGCAAACCUCCAUGAGAGCCUGGAAUGGUUGGCCGGAAGACUUAAAUCUGCUAUCGCCAACUUACCCAAUGCACAGACCAUGUCCCCUGGUUCAGACAGUGUGAUGAGUAUGGACAUCCCUGCCGUGUCCGAUAUGAUCUUACAGACAUUGAAUGAGCUGGCGAAAUCCUUCCAAGACAUGUCUGACCGCUGCCUUCUGGUUCUCCACUUGGAAGUCAGGGUUCACUGCUUCCACUAUCUUAUCCCCUUAGCAAAGCAAGGUAACUAUGCCAUUGUUGCCAACGUGGAGAGUAUGGACUACGAUCAACUGGUUGUGCGUUUGAACAAAGACAUCAGCGGAAUUGAAGAGGCCAUGGGAGCCAGCAUUCAGCAGCACAAGUUCCAGUACAUCUUUGAAGGCUUGGGGCACCUGAUCUCUUGCAUCCUGAUUAAUGGUGCCCAGUAUUUUAAACGCAUCAGUGAGUCUGGCAUUAAGAAGAUGUGUAGGAAUAUCUUUGUCCUUCAGCAGAACCUCACUAAUAUUACUAUGUCCCGAGAGGCAGACCUGGACUUUGCAAGGCAAUAUUAUGAGAUGAUGUACAACAGCGCAGACGAGUUGUUAAACCUAGUGGUGGAUCAAGGAGUAAAAUACACAGAGCUGGAAUAUAUAAAUGCCCUCAGCCUUCUGCACCGAAGCCAGACUGGAGUGGGAGACCAGACCACUCAGAAUAUGAGACUGCAGCGUCUCAAGGAGAUCAUCUGCGAGCAGGCCGCCAUCAAACAAGCCACCAAGGAUAAGAAAAUAACCACAGUCUGAAAUGCUCGUAAAGGGUGGAGGCCCCGUGGUGCCAAAACAGCCAGGAGCUGUCCGCAAAGCAGUCUAUUUCAGCCCCUGUAAUUACCCAGGGAACAAUGUUUCAGUUAUAUUUACAAUUCUUAAUGUGCAUGUUCUUUGUUUUAUUAAUAUGCUUAAGUCUUUAUUUCGAAACAGAAACCUAAACUACAAGCUUCACCUCUAGAAAAUAACUUUUUAACACGUCUAAUAAUAUUUACAUAUAGACAUGUGAAUGUACAUACAUUCAUUAGUAGCUAUAAAAUGCUGUGCAAUUUCCCAGUUGGAUUCCAUUCUUAGUCCUGCGCUUUACAGCAAUCGCU